AUGUCUGAACUAUAUUUUCUACGUCAUGGUGAACGAAUUGAUCACGCAUUACGAGAGGAUCCAGAUGCAAAGCCAAUAUUGGAAGAUUAUAAGCCAUAUGAUCCAUCAUUAUCACAAAAUGCCAUUCCACAGAUAGAGAAAUUAGUGGAUGAAAUUUGUUCAUUAACUCAAGCGUUCACUGAUUUGGAAUCUACACAACGUAAAAACGUCUUUAUUCAUUUCAGUCCGUAUUUGAGAUGUUGUCAAACUGCAGAUCUAUUAAUAACCGACUUGAAAGCUUCAUUAUUGAAAAAGUAUCCCAAUUAUAAAAUGAGAUUUCAGUUGUUAUGUGAUUUUGCCUUGAGUGAAUGGAUACAUGAUAAAAUGAAAAAUAAACCACCUUUUGUCGACUCAGAUGAUGCAUAUAAUAUGUACACCCCUAAUUUGAAAUCAUUGAAAAACAAAAGUGCCUGCUCAAUGUUUAGGCCAACUAUCACAUUAGGUCAAUAUAACGGUCUUGAUCUAAGUUACAAAGAUUAUCAAACUAGAUGCAAAGAUUAUUUCAAGAAAUUAUUGGCAACAUAUGAAAAACCAAUGUAUAUCAAAAACAAAGACAUCAUUAUCGUUGUAACACAUGGAUAUGCAGUGAACAACUUUCUAUCUUACUUUAUCAAUCAUCCGAUUUUCGAAGAACUUCCUGAAGCAAAAGCAAAUUUUGCUAAAAGAGUUUUGAAAGAUGAUAUCAAGGAUGUCGAAGACGAGAAUGAUCCUGCAAAUUAUACUUGGAAAUUGGUACACGAUGCCUUGGAUUUGAUUAAAGAAGAUGACGUAGAUACCACGUUGAAUCUAGAAACUGAUAUUGUAUACUACAAAACAAAUUUUAUUAAAAAAGAUGAGUUGGAUGUUCCCAAGAAGAAUCUAGUGGUUGAGGAGGACACUAAACCAAGACCUUCAUUCAAAAUCAAAGAAACUUCAGCUGCUUAUGAAAGUGGUAGAAAUCUACAGACAAGACAAACUUAUAUUUGUCCUGCUGCAAGGGACUGGGCCCCCAAUUUGAAACAUUUCCUUAUAAAAAACGAAUUUAAGGAGAAAAUAAUGAAUGAUGAAUCGUUUCGAAAACAUUAUAACAUAAGCAAUCAUCCUUCACGCCCUAUAAGUCCUGAAGUAUCCCCAAAUUCAGCACCAACAAGAUCAAAUUCGGUUAUUGAUUUGUCCAAAAUUGUCAGUAAUGAUGACCUACAACCCAUGAAAUUAAAGUACUCACACACUUCAGAAAUACCAAUGCAUAAGAUCAACUCAAGAGUGAAUUCACAAGUAAAUCUUUCUUCGUUUGGGAAAGGGUCAUUUCCUCAACCUAACGGUUCCAAUACCGAUAUUUUCAGGACCAACAGUGGAUCACGUGGUUCAUCGAAAGAAGGUUCCACCACUGAUUUACCAAGAUACAUUUCCUCAAUGCAGAAUCGAAGUAGAUCCAGUUCUAAUCCUAUGACGCAUGUUCAUGUUGCACAUAACGCCAAAGAUUCAUAUUUCCCAUCUACCAUAUUAGGCAGAGUCAAGUCUCCAGAAUCAGAUGUUUCGAUAGAUUCUUUGGGCGAGCCUAUACCGGAGGAGCUCGAUAGUGUCCUUCAAGCAUAUCAACCAACUCUUAAUGAACCGGCGGGAAGAAAUUCGCCUAUCGAGUCUUUGAAUAGAGCCAGAUCCUUGAAUAAAAGAAGAACAAAUAAUCCACUUUUCUCAUCCUCCACCCAAAGAAAACUGCAACAGCUGUUGUUCCAACCUUCUUUAACUCAACUCAGCAAAGUAAAUCGACAAAGAUCGCUCAGUUCAGGUGGUGAAAAUAGACCUGGGCUGCAACAGAAGCUACAACGUCAUUAUGGGAAAGAUAACACUUAUGAAGAUGACGGCGAUUCAGAAGAAGAAGAGGAAGAAUCAAAUGAAAUUACUGACGAAGAGGACGAUUCUAACAAUUCAAACGACGGAAACUUGUUCUCGUUGUCUUUCAAUUCAUCACAGAAAAAGUCAACGCUUGAAAAAGCAAAACUGACAUCACCUCUGAAAUCUACUGGAAAACGUUCAAGAAAGAAUUCAUUCAAAUAUAAGCCAACAACUUCUACUAAAGAUACCGGAGCUAAAAGUCGUCCAAUAUUUUACAACUUCGACAGUAGUGGUGACUCUUCAUCUGAAGAAGAAGAACAAGAAGAUCAGGAUACUCGUAAGGAUGAUGAAGAACAAGAUGAUAUGCUGAUGACAAAGGAAAGUAAGGAUAAAUUUGUGCUGCAAAAGAGUGAAAACAAAGUGGAUGGGGAUUCUGAUUAUUUUUGGUUCGGUAAUAAUAAUAAAUAG